AUGCAUCAAUUUGACCCGUGCCAUUUGAGUGGCUGCGUCCAGCUGUUGGUCGGCCAGAUCGUUUGCUUACUUGCACAAGACACGUCUGGCUGGAGCGAUAUCGAGGUGGGUGGAUGUCGCGGCUGGGUCCCCACGAGUUUCCUCAUGGAUCUCUCCGUGUGGAACUCCAAGCGCAUGGAGAAGAAGCUACCGACAAGCACGCUACACGACUCCUUUGUACAGCUGACCAAGAAGGAGCAGGAGCGCCGCGCAAGUGUACCCAAAGCGCUUCCCCCCCUCGUGCUUCCACAGACCUCUGCAGACGCACUGGCGCCCAUGAUACGCAGCGCAAAGUCGCUUUACAGCGCAUUUUGCGCGGUGGAUACAAAGCUCGAUACCCCUGGCCGCUGCCACGACUUUCUUGGGUGCGCGCGUUUUCUUCUACGCGACACGCGUUCCACAGGUCGGCCCCAAUCCAUUCCCGUCCAGGAGUCUUUGCACACUCUCCAGGAGUUACUCUCGAGCUCCAUUCACGAGCUGUUUGUACGCGCCCAAAGCCAUGAAUGUGCACUGGCCGUGGAAAGCUUGAACAGCUCGCUGCAGAUUGCGGCAAAGAUUUACCUGGACUCGCACAGCCAAGUCAACGACCCCGAAGUCGGCUCGGACGAGACCCUGUCUACCCAAACGUCGUCUUUACUGGAGGAAGAGUCGCAGCUGGACACAUGCUCGAGCCUGCGCGACUCGCUCAGCUCGUCCGGCAACAGCCAAGGCGAACUGAUCGCCGCCAAUCCGCUGGAUUUCAACUAUGUGCGCCGCGACUCGAUCGAAUCGCUGUUUAACCCCACCCUUCUCUAUGCAACGUACGGCCUGCUUGACUUGAGCACAGCGCAGAUGCUCGCAUGUGCACAUGCUCUUCACGACCAGAUUUCUUCGAUGCUGACUGCAUUCCUGGGUCAGUUGCACACGUUUGAGAACAUUUCGAUUUCCUCUGCGCUCCAGCGCCUCAUGGACGUUGGCUUGGACAUGUUCUUGAGCGCUCAGGGGCUGCGCACAAUUGUGGACUGUGUGGCUGAACAGAUCGACACAUUGCACGUCGCACCAUCGCUCGCAAGAGAGCACAGACACAAUCAGGUGCUGCUGACGAGCUCCAUGACUGCGUUCCGCUCGAAUGCGACCUACCAUUCCGAAGACAAGAGCGCCGGUGUGGUAAUUUCCGGCUCGAAGCAGAAAGCGCUUAUGAUUUCCAACGCCUCUGUCUUGCUGCGCUCCGUAAACAAAGUCAUGCGCACACUCAAUGAGCUCUUGGAGUAUGCGCCAAGCGUUAUUUUCCAUGUGCAAUCCCCAAAAAGUUUGUUACGAGUGUAUGCCGACGUGAAGCGCAAUGACCAGCCCGAAGAGCGCACCGUUUCGUCGCCUCAUUUGGCCACGCCUUCGCCGAGCAAGGACGACGUUUCGUCCUACGGCGACGACACCUUGACUGUACCGCAAGCGGACCUUACCACCGCCCUUGCCAACUUUUUAUACACAAACCAGGACGAAGCGCCUAGAGAGACUACCCAUGCACUGGAGAAAAUGUCGCCGCGGUACAAGUGCCAGCACGACUCGAUCUGGGAUACGUGGGAAGACGUCUUGCCACCGGCGGCCGAUGCAGACGCUACCAGCAACCCUCCAAUGCGCUCCUCGCAAGAUCUCGUCUGGAACCAGGAAGGCCACGUCGUCGGCGGCACACUCCCCUGUCUUCUGCAGUGGCUGAACGCGUCGAACCGCGGCGGGCAAGACAAAUCGCUGAACGCCUUUUUCCUCUGUUUCCGCACCUUUACCGAGCCCAAAGAGCUUUGCAAGGAGCUCAUUCAGCUCUUUACCACUUCUGUCGAGCACCAGGACUGGGCAACGGCGCUCCAUGUUGUUCACUCCAUCUUUUCAUGGCUCAAGUACUACUGGCUUGCUCCUCAGGACUUCAUGGUCCUGCCUUCUUUGCAAGCGUUGGUCGAGCAGCCACACGCGCCUGCGAUCCAAUCUUCCAUCGACGCACUCGCAGUCCUGCUCCGCUGCCGUCAUAGUCUCGGCGACGGCGUACAGUAUCCUGUGCUUGGGACUGAUUUAUCCGCACACGGCCGUGGACUUCGCAUGAUUCUCCAGACACCUUCCAACGAGCGCCAGCAGCUUGGUUUAAGCGGCAAUGACGGCGCGCAUGUGCCGCUAACCGAUACGUCAAGCAUGUACUCCAUUCCCUUGCCUCCCAAACUGCGUGGAAGCGGGCCGGAGACGACGCCCGUCGUUUCAAAGUCGCUCCUCUCUUCGCUGCGCAAUGCAUCUUCGCCUUUGCUUGUCAAUGUACUGGAUUUUGAUGCCACAGAGCUUGCGCGGCAGAUCACCAUUGUGGAAAGCCAGCUCUAUUGCUCCAUUCUCCCGAACGAACUGCUCUUCCGCACCACGCCAUACACAGCCGACGAAAGCGCAGAUGCAAGUCCGCUCUCCGACGCCCAACACAUCAAAGCGAUGUCCACCUUCACCACACAGCUCACCAACUGGAUCGGCGAAUGCAUUCUGCGCGAGACGGACAUUUCGCGGCGCACGCAGCUCCUCCGCUUCUUUGUUCGCUUUGGCAGCGCGUGUCUUGCCCUGCAGAACUACAACCUGCUCAUGGCCGUCCAAGGCGCACUCAACUCCUCCACCAUUUUGCGCCUGAAAAAGACGUGGGCUGGACUUUCGAGCAAGACGCUGGCCUUGUUUGAAGAGCAGCGCAAGGUGCUGGAGCACACGCGCAACUUUGCUACCUAUCGUGCACAGCUGCGACAAACCAACGGCCCGGCGCUGCCGUUUGUGGGCCUCGUGCUUACCGACCUUACCUUUUGCAUGGACGGCAACCCGAAAAUACGCUCGUUUGGCGCCGAAGAAACGCCUGUGAUCAAUUUCGUGCGGUGCUUCAAGCUUGCGAGCAUCAUAAAUGACAUGCAGCGUUUCCAGCGCCCCUUCCCACUUGUCCAAGUUCCCGAGAUCCAGCAGUUUAUCCACGAUUUGCGCGCCGAGCUUGAUGAGGCAUCCUCGGACAAUUACGCGGCCGCAGCUGAGCAACUGUACCAACGCAGUCUGUGUCUCGAGCCGCGCGAAUCUCUCACGCACAAACCGCGCCAGCGCAGUGGCAGCAUUGUUUCACUGCCAUGGUCAAGCUCAAGGCGCAGCUCCUCGGACAAUGUGUCUAUCUCGGGCAAUGCAGUCAAAACUGCCGACGCGAAGCAAAACUUGUUCGACACGAUCCUGAAACGAUUGUAA